ACGGAACGUUACGUUGUACAAUAUUAUUUAUCUGUGCACAUUUUGCCAGCUGACAUUGACAGAUAUCAAGUUACUGUGUUUCAACAUUACAUUACAAAUAAAUACGUGAAAAGAUCGUGAAUGCUAUGGCGCUGAGUUAUUUUAAUGAAAGCGAGGCGCCCCGGGAUUUCCGCGUAUCCUCAACGGAGAGUGAUGGACACUACAAGAAAUGUCUCCUUUGUUACACAGUGAAAAAGAACUUUUAUUGUCCAGAUUGCGUCAGGGCGGGCAAUUUCGUACAUUCGUCUAUGCCUUACGCAGAUAGAUAUGCAGAAAAACAAGGAAAGCUUCUUCGAGUGAAAGUGAACCGUAAACAUGUUCUGGACCAAUGUGAGAGACUAUUAGCAAAUAAGCUUAAAAGAGACACAUUAGUGACAGAGGCAAAGCAGUCCAGGGACAAACUAGAACUCCUCCGAUUGGCCAUACAACAGAGACGCAGAAAUAUUGAAGAAAAACGUAGAGAACUGACAGACCUUAGAAACUACAACAAUGAGCUGACAAUAAAGUUGCCAAGGUACCAGAAACGAGUAACUAGCCUUGGCAAGCAUGCAGAGGUGCAGAGAAUGGAACUGGAAAAUAAAAUAAGCAUGUACACUGAACAAACAGAUGCAUUGGCAGCAUUACGAAGAUCUCGGAUACGGCAGCUCACCAAAUAUAUAUUUCCAGUUUAUAUUACUUAUGACACAAGCGAGAGCAUAGAAGAUAUGGAGUUUAUAGGCGAGGAUACAGAAGAGGAGCCCCCGCACCGGCCCCAGCUGCACAUCGUGGCGCCCUGGAUACACACUGACGGGGACUUCUCACAAGUACAGGCUUGGCUCCGGCAGAACAAGGAGGUGAUGUCAGCGGGGUUGGGCGCCGGCGCGGGCGGGCCGGAGGGUGCGGGCGCGGGCCCGGCGGCGCGAGCCUGCGCGGCGCUGGCACUCUGCGCGCAGCUGCUGGCGCUGCUCAGCUGGGCGCUCGACGCCAGGCUGCCACACACUAUCUCACUCAAUGAGUACAGCAACUGGCGCGUGACGGAGAGCGGCGUGGCGUGGCGCGCGCGUCGCCUGGGCGCGGCGGCGGCGUGGCUGGCGGCGCGCGCCGCGCUGGCCGCGCCCGCCGCCGCGCCGCCCGCGCACGCGCUGUCCGCGCUGCACUCGCUCGUCGUCGCCGCCAACACUGACGACCCCAUGCUCGGCAGAGUGGAGUCAUGGACGAGUAGUUGUGACGCGGCGGCGCGCUCCGUGUGGGCCGAGGCUAUCGCCGCGCUCGGGGACCUCGACGCAGAUGACACAGAGCCUCCGGAACAUCUGAACUGGCCUGAGGCCAUGGAGAUAGAGGAGUUGAGCUGUAGCCCCGCGUCGCCUGCGCCGGCGCCGUCGCUGGUGACGUCUGCGGCCGCGUCGCUGGCCUCCAUGUGGCGAGUCUUCACCAAGUGACCUGUUCCACGCUAUUCUACAUCACACUACUUCACACUAACGGUAUCUAACGGCUAGUCCCAAUAACCCUUGGUAAUUUGACCAAUCAAAUUGUUUAGUACCUACAGUAGACUGGUCGUGCUUGAAAAAUAUUUCUAGAUAAGUACUGCUGGAUACAGUUGCUUAUUAUAUCCCAAUAUAGUAAAUGAAUUACUUACACAAGUAUAUCAUGACUCCAUCUUUUAUGAGUAAAAACGAUUACGUUUUUAAGAAUCUAUCAUUGGAUAAAAUUAUUACUUCUGGAAGUAAUUUAUUUUGUUCGUGCCACAGAAUUUUUAAACAGUUAUUGCACUUAAUUGUUCACCCUUGAAUGAUGUCACUGCAACAUUCAAAUCCAAUAGAAUACAACUCUAAGAGACUUAAGCUCUCAUUACCGCCCUCUAGCGGACGGUACUGCAUUGUAGAUAAAUAAUAAACUUUAACAUACCAACCAAAGCAAAUCAAAUAGUAUAGAAGAUCGCACAUGUUAUAAUAUAUUACGUAGUAACUAACAGAUGUUAUGAGUCUGUAAGCCUUCCUUAUAGAAAGAAAUAUAUGAACAUGCUAACAGUUCACGGCUACAAAUGCUGCUUCACUUGUAUGUAACGUUUUAUAAGACUAUAAUAAAUAUUCAACUAGUGAAACUAUUCCGUCUAACCUACUCGUAUCAUAAGUAGUCAAAUAUUUUGUAUCACUCAGUUCCUGUCACAUAGACAUUAAGUAACUAUCUCUGUCACUGUCACUCAGCUGCUUUCUUCAUGUGUUAGACAAAGAUAGCAACAACGUCGUCUAUGUGUCUUGAACUCAGGCUGAGGAUGGGCGGACCUUAAACUGUGCCCUGUGGCAACUAUUUGAAUUCAGCAUAAGGAGGCCUUAAUAUCAACGUGAUUCCUUCAGCUAUUCGACAAAACGAUUUUAUUUAUUUAUCUGCCUUGAUGAUCAAAUAUUAAAAUAUCAAUAGUACUAAAUUAAUUCUUACAAAUGCACAAGUUUGUCAGAGUGGGUGAUGCGAUACUCACAGGAAAACUAGCUUAUGGAUUAAGCUUUUAGUAAAUUAGUUCUCUGUAAGCGCCAUAGCAAUCCGAUUAAUGAAAAAUAAUUUUGAAAUUUUUGUUAUAAAUCUUAUACGGUCCGCCCUAUGUUAAUUAGUUAAGAUGUUUAUAACGGCUGAUAUAACUAGGUGUGCACGUUAAUGUGGCUUUGUAAUCUUACAACAAAGCGAUGUAUAACAAUUAUUUAUAUCUGUGAUCCUUUCCGCCAUUACUAUCCAUAUAAAGAGAGCAGACAUAGACAAUAUUGCACUAAAGCAAAAAUUCAUUUAUCAAAUUAUAAUAACAAACUGUAGGAGAAAUGUAUCUAAAUUAUAGUUAUUUUAUUUUUUCUAUUUUAACUAUCGUGACAUUUACAAAAUUAGAUAAUAUUCUUGCGGCUAGAAGAACGCCCGACUAAUUUCGAGUUCAUCUAGAGCCUUUAGUUGCGUAGAUGGCGUGUCUGCAUAAAAAAGCCGUGUGAAAAUAAUCUUAUUUUGUAAUUAUGAUAAUGUGUUUCCUAUAAAUUAAUGUUAUACAAUUGACUGCCCCCUGUGAAAACAAGUAUUAUGCGGGUUGUGUCAACUUUAUCUCAACGAAUUGACAAUUGAUUUUUAUAUAUUUUUG